AUGGAUUUCACUUCUCACCCAAAUGUCACUGAUGAGCUCAGCUACAUGUUCUCGGUCAACAAUUCUUUCUCAAUGCUGAAGCAAGUGGCCAGCGCUUUCCUGUGUCGCUUCUUGGCGGAUGAAAGUGGUGCAUCUGCUCCUCACCUUUUUGCCGAAUCUGUCGACUUGGUGAUACCGACUAACCACGAGUCGGAUUGUAAAGUCAAAUCAGAAUCCGUUAAGAACACAUUGUGCAACAUGGCUUACAGCACUCGCCCUUUUCAGCUCUCUCCAUGUGGUCGCUAUGUGUUUUAUUAUGCGUCUACCGACGACUGCGAUUGUGUCCGCAGUCUGCUACUGUCGGCUAGAGAAAAAAUUCUUCAAGAAGUUUUCAAGGUCUUGGAUCGUUUUGUUGAAUUGGGACUGCUGGAAGCAGACACAAAAGCGAACAACUUGAUGUUUAGGUGAGA